AUGUCGAACCAGGGCUAUUACGGGCACACCUACACUCAGGUCCAGCCCCAGAGGGUGGGGAAUACUCUCUCUUCCAAUAGUCCAUCCUCUCUGGGAAACAGCCCUUACAGCCAUGGCCAGGGUGGAUAUAUUCCUCCUUACCACCAACAAGCCGACUAUUACCGUGCCCCGGCUCCCGGAUUUUAUCAGACUCAGAAUGAAAUGGCCGGAGCCGAAGGCGAACGAGGUCUCGGUGCUACCGUCGUCGGCGGUGGUGCUGCCGGCUGGGCUGCCCACAAGGCAGGCUCCGGUAUGCUCGGCAGUCUUGCUAGCGCUGCUGCUGGCGCAAUAGGAGCCAAUUUCCUCGAGAGCAAGUUGAAGAAGCACCGCAGCAAGAAGCACGACAAACACUAG